GUUAAUUUAAGGAUGUCGAUCAAUUUAAAAAUUGAUCAACCAAAAGUUGCUUGGACGCAAUUGGUCUAGGGACCUACCCAUUAUAUUAUUACAAUAAUCAGCCCAAGCUGGGACUGUAAUAGUAUGAAUGAGGAUUUUGGCCACUAUGAUUGUAAAACAUUCCAUGUUCUUUUUAUUGGGGUCAAAGAGCAUGCAAAAUAGUGGGAGCUAAAUAAUUAAAAGUCCAUAUUAUUAAGUUAACUAGAUGUGAUCAUAGGAAUUAAUAUAUGAUUUUAAUUCCGUUCUAUUUGAACUUCUUUAGGCUUUUAGGAAUGUCGAAUUUAUCAUUGAGAAGUAUCUUGGAUACAUGCAAGCUUACUGGACCAAACUUUCUGGACUGGGAAAGAAAUGUGCGUUUAGUUCUUAGACAAGAAAAUAUUGAGUAUGUGUUAGACACGCCGGUACCCAAGAUUCCUGAUGCUAACUCUCCCGAGUUUGCCACGUUUGACCUGACUACUCGAGAGAAACACGUUACUGAUGCUAAAACUGUGCAAUGUGUUAUGUUGGCUGCAAUGUCUAUGGAGUUGCAAAGGCAACACGAUAGGAUGAGCGCCUUCGAGAUGCUUGAACACUUGAAAAGUCUGUUUGAUUCAGAGAGUCAGACUCUAGAGUAUGAACUUCUGACAGACAUUUUCAAGUGUAGGCUUCAAGAGGGUGGCAACGUGUCUGAGCACGUCCUCAAAAUGAUUGGCAUAAUUGAAAGAGUUGCUACCACCGGAAUUAAGUUUGAGGAUCGUGUCUCAGCUGCUAUCAUCCUAUAUUCGCUUCCGAGUUCAUUUACUAACUUCAUUGUGAAUUAUAAUUUGAACAAAACGAAAGCGACCAUGCCUGAACUCCAUAACAUGCUCAAGUCUUAUGAAGCCUCAACCUCUAAAGGAAAGAUUGUUCUUAUGGUAAGCUCUAAUGCUAAGUCUCGUUCUAAGAACAAGCAAAAGAAGAAAGGUAAGGUUGGACCUACUCCUACAGCUCUUAAGCCUAAAGGUGGAGGUCAUAUGAAGCCAAAGGUUGCAAAGGAUGUUUGCCUCUACUGCAAAGAGAAGGGGCAUUGGAAGAGAGAUUGUGAGUUGUAUAAGGCUAAUCUAGCCAAAGCACCGGGUGCUUCAAGCUCAGAAGCCUGAGAAGCAGUGUAGCAGUUGGACUGGGUAAAAUUGACCUACGCGUGAAGGCUGGAGCAAAAGUUGCUGCUGAACGUGAUAGGAUCUUAUAGUUUAGAUUUGCC